AUUCACUGCAAUCCGGAAACGGUUAAUAUCGACGUCCGGCACGCAGAAAGCAAUGAAGUGAAAAAGAUUCAACUUUUCGAGUACCUUUCAUCAAAAUGUCCUUCGCUUGUUGGUGAACAUGCAAGAUACUAUCCAACCCCGUGGAUCGGUAAUGGUCACGCUCAAACCUUGUACGCGUCAAAGCUUGUUAAAACGCCGGAUGGAGGUCAAAUUGCUGUCGACUGGACACCUCCGAUGUCUCAAAAGCCCAUUGACGAUACGCCAACAGUAGUUGUAUUACAUGGACUAACAGGAGGAAGCCACGAGUCGUAUAUUCGAUGUUUACUUGAAGUUCUCACAAAUCCACCUCACAACUAUCGGGCGGUUGUAAUCAAUUUUCGUGGAUGCUCUGAAUCUCAUAUUACUUCACCAAAGCUUUACUCGGCUGCGUCCACUAAUGACUUGAGAACAGUUUUACGCUAUAUCCAAGAAAUUAUUCCGGAUUCAUCAUUGAUCGCAAUCGGUUUUAGCAUGGGCGCAAACAUUCUGGUUAAGUAUCUCGGAGAGGAAGGAGAUAAGACACCGUUGAUCGCAGCUGCAUCGGUCG